GGUUUGCGUAAUUUGUUUGUGAUCAAAGAAAGCGUUGCACGAUUUUUUUUCUUUAGUGGCAAAGUUUGCGAGAUCCAAGAACUCUCUCUUCUGUGUUCACAUUUCUCUUUUCUUUAUCUUUCAAUCUCACAAAGUUUGUAUUUUUCUCAUCCAACUCCUCAAUCUUUUCCAGGGAAUAUAAAUUAGGUUGCUUUUUGGAAGUAACGAAGUUAGAAAAGAAUGGUGAGAACACCAAGAAGAGGGCAGAGAUCAAAGGGGAUUAAAGUGAAGCACUGUAUUCAAUUGACUCUGUUGCUUAGUGUUGGAAUAUGGCUGAUUUAUCAGAUGAAGCAUUCUCAUGAGAAGAAAUCUGAGUUUGUUGAGAGGUCUAAGAUUCUUGAUGUUGUUGUUGAUGAUGAUAACAAAGUUGUUAAGCUUGGAAGGAAAGAUCUUCUUAACCCUAGAGUAGUUGAUGAGACGACGAAUGUGAAGGAUGAAGUUGAAGAAGAUGAAGAAGGGAGCAGCAAGAAUGUUGAUGAGAUUGUAGAUAGGGAGGAGGAAAGAGGCGAGGAUAAAGCAGUGGUAGAAGGGAAUAAUAACGAGAAGGAAACCGAAGGUACCGGGAACGAGGAUGAUUCAAACAAUGGAGAUAGUGAGAAGAAGGUUGUUGUUGAUGAGAGUGAAGAAGCUAGAGAGAUGAAUUACAAGGGAGAUGAUGCGUCCAGCGAGGUAUUGCAUGGGACGACGAGUGAGGAGAAGAGCAAUGAAAAGGUUGUUGUUGAGGAAGAGGGUAAGUCUAACGCUACUGAGAGUGUUAGUUUCCAUGAAGAUGAGUCAGGUCCAAAGACUGGUGUGUUGGAUGGUUCUGUUAUUAAACAAGUUUCUUCCAACACAACUGAGAAUGGGGAGACUGGUAGUGAUGAUGGUGAGCAGCAAGAGACAAAGAGUGAGUCUGAGUCAAAGACUGGUGAGAAGUCAGAAGGUGAGAAGGGUUUUUCUGAUUCGAACGGUGAAUUGCCUGAUGAGACUAACCAGUCAACUUCCAAUGCAACUGAGAAUUCAGAAACUUCUGGGAGUGAUGAGUCGGGAUCAAGUGGGAAUUCCACUGGUUAUCAACAGACGAAGAACGAAGAAGAUGACAAGGAAAAGGUAGAAUCUUCUGAACACUCAUAUGUAGAGGAAAGCAAGAUCAAUGAAUCCGAGAAGAAGGAGAAAGAAGAGUCUUCGUCCCAAGAGGAAGAACCCAAGAAAAGUGAGAAAGUAGAGUCUUCAUCUCAAGAGGAGAAUGAAACCAAAGAAGCUGUAAAACAAAAACAGGGGAAAGAAGAGUCGUCAUCUCAAGAGGAAAGCAAAGAGGAACAACCUGAGAAAAAGGUGCAAGAAGAGUCUUCAUCUCAAGAGGAAAGCAAAGAGGAACAACCUGAGAAAAAGGAGAAGGAAGAGUCUUUCUCUCAAGAGGAGAAUGCAAUCAAAGAAACAGUGAAACAGGAGAAAGAAGAGUCUUUAGAGAAGAAUGAAAUCAAAGAAACUGUGAAACAAGAGAAAGAAGAGUCUUCAGUAUCAACGGAAAAGGAAAACACCAACAGUGAGAAGAAAACUGAACAGGUGGAAUCUACUGAUUCUUCAAACACACAGGAAAAGAGUGACGAACAAAAAACUGAUGAAAGCAAGAGUGAAUCCAGCAAUGGAAGUGGCAACUCAGAUUCUGAUAAAAAGGAAACAGAGGAUGAUACUGCAAAAACAGAGUCACAGAAAGAGGAAAACAACAAGAAUGCCGAAACAGAGGAAAUACAUAACCAUCAAGAACAGACCAAUGAAUCCGGCAAAGGAAGUGGCAACUCAGAUUCUGAUAAAAAGGAAACAGAGAAUGAUGCUGCAAAAACAGAGUCAGAGAAAGAGGAAAACAACAAAAAUGGCAAAACAGAGGAAAUCCAUAACCAUCAAGAACAGACCAAGUCCACUUUGGAUGAUAGUCUGCCUCAACCUAAGUAAGGAUGCUCGAACUGAUCUAGAAACUCUUUCUGAAGCGAGCAACGGAUAAUCCAGCAACAAAGUUGCUGCUCUGUGAUGAUGUUUCUUAAAGAAGUGAAGUUGUUAUGUAUUGUAUUAUCCAUAUUCUAUACUUUCCAGUUUUCACCAUAUGACGGGUCUUAAGUCCCAAUCAGUAGUAUUGAGUUUUCGAUAGUUAUCAAUACAUAUCUAGUUCUGCCUCA